AUGACAAGUGUAGAAGAUUUGACAAUUAAAAAUGAUUACGGUGAAACAGCUCUUUCUCUUGUUGCUGGAGGUGGAAUCACAAGGGUUGCUAAGCCUUUGUUUCCAGAAUUGGCUAUUGCCAUAUUGAAGGAACAUCCUAGUGGAACACUAAAUACAUUGGCUACUAGAAACUCAACAUUCCCUAGUGGAACUCAGUUGGUCUUUAACUUUGUUUUGAUUGCAGUCCCCUACAUCAAGCAUGUGUAUGUUAUAAAAUUAAAACAUGCUCAAGUCCUUGAGUUGUUGGACUGCAUUUCCCAACAUAUAUCAGCUUUGAAUCAUUCACAAAUAAAGGAUAUAGAAUUAUUUCAAGCAAUAUUCAAUGCUAUUAAGCAUGGGAAUGUUGAGUUUGUCAAAGAGAUCCUCACAGCGUAUCCUGAUAUCGAAGUAGAGAAAGUUGUUCAACCAUUGUAUGGAGAAAUACAAAAUGAUUAUGGUAAGACAGCUCGCCCUUUGUUUACUUCAAAGCACAAGAAACUGAGAAAAGAAUGGGAGAAAUGGAUGAAGGAAACAUCAACAUCAUGCACUGUUGUGGCUACUCUUAUCACUACUGCUAUGUUCACAGCAAUCUUCACCGUGCUAGGAGGUUAUAAGCACAAGAAACUGAGAAAAGAAUGGGAGAAAUGGAUGAAGGAAACAUCAACAUCAUGCACUGUUGUGGCUACUCUUAUCGCUACUGCUAUGUUCACAGCAAUCUUCACCGUGCUAGGAGGUUAUAAUGGAACAACGAGGAAUCCCGUGUAUUUGCAUCGACAUUCAUUCAUGGUUUUCACAGUAGCAGAUGCUUUGUCCAUGUUCAUUUCUUGUAGCCCAGUACAGUUGUUCCUAGGAAUCCUUAAAUUGCGCUACGCUGACAGUGAAUUCCUUGUGUCCUUGCCAAGGAAACUGAUAAUGGCUAUCGCUUCCCUUUUCUUCUCUAUAGUGACCAUGAAGCUAACCUUUGGCACUACCAUAUUUAUCUCCCUUCAUCACCGAUAA